AAUGGGGUAAUUGAGUUCUGCAAUUACAGCAUGCGCUACCAUCCAGAGUUGGAUCUGGUUCUCAAAGGGCUUAGCUUUUCGGCACAAGGCGGCGAGAAUAUUGGCAUUGUCGGCCGCACGGGUGCAGGCAAGAGCUCAAUAACAUAUGCGCUGAUGCGCUUGGUCGAGCCAGCCAACGGCCGGAUCAUCAUCGACGGCAUUGACAUUUUGACCAUUGGUCAUCAUGACCUGCGAUCACGCAUUGCCAUUAUUCCGCAGGACCCGGUGCUGUUCAAGGGUACCAUUCGCGACAAUCUUGAUCCGGCCAACGAGUACACUGACGACGAAGUCUGGGCAGCUAUUCAUGCAGGUCAAAUUAGCAACCUUCUCGAUACCCCAACAGAGAAGUACGUCAAGCCUCUAGAUAGCAAAAAUUCUGACAAGGGGCUGUGGAUCGAGGGUGUUGGGCUGAACAAAUGGGUGAAAUACAAUGGUAUCAAUUUUAGUGUCGGCCAGAAACAGCUCAUCAGUCUUUGUAGGGCACUUCUUUGGCGGCGCAAGAUUGUCAUUUUAGAUGAGGCGACGGCCAACGUGGAUUCCAAGACUGACCAGAUCAUGCAAGAAGUGAUUCGCCGCGAGUUUAAGGAAUGCACCGUGCUGACCAUUGCGCACCGGCUGGGCACUGUGAUGGAGAGCGACCGCAUCCUGGUGAUGGACCACGGCCAAAUGGCAGAGUUUGACACGCCCGAGAAGCUGCUUGCUGACAAGAACAGCCACUUCUCGCAGUUGGUCGAGAGCAUGAAUUUCAGCCACAGCAAUUGA